AUGUCCAAACGUACUUCUGCAUCGGUCAAGGCUGAGGCUACCGCCGCCGUGUCGCCAGUUACUCCUAUGUCCGAGGAGAAGCGCAAGGCUCUCCAGCAGUACAAGGAUGAUGACGGACACUUCUCGCUCGUCCGUAAUUUCCGUCUCGCGGACCUGAUCACAAUCAUGAACGGAGUGUGUGGCACACUGUCGAUCCUGUUGUCCGCGCGCUACCUGCUCGAGAGUUCGAACCUGCCCCGACCGCUCUCCGACGAUGCGACCCGUACACUCUACACUGCCAUUAUCCUCCCGAUGCUUGGUUUCGGCUUUGACGCUCUCGACGGUAAGGUGGCGCGAUGGAUGGGUGGUGGUUCGAUGCUCGGCCAGGAGAUGGACUCGCUCGCCGAUCUCAUCUCGUUCGGUGUCGCCCCCGCCACCCUCGGCUACGUUAUGGGCCUCCGCACUCCCCUCGACGUUGUUUGUCUCCUUCUGUUUGUCUCUUGCGGUCUUGCCCGCCUUGCCCGGUUCAACGCCACGGUCGCCCUUAUCCCUGCCGACGCUUCCGGCAAGUCCAAGUACUUCGAAGGCAUCCCCAUCCCGUCGUCGCUCGGCCUGGACGCCAUGAUGGCCUACUUUGUCCACUCGGGCUGGUUCGCCAUGGGCUCCCACGGUGACCUCCCUUUCGGAACCAUCGAGCUCAUCGCGGGAAACAAGAACUCCACCAUUCACAUCUUGUCGAUUAUCUUUGCCGUUUGGGCCGCCGCCAUGGUGUCGAAGACCCUGAGGUUGUAA